AUGGUUGAUGAUGAGGAGUUAAGAAAAUUACGCUUUCUUCUGAGUAAUAAAGGAGGAAGAAUAAAGUAUUUUUUUUCGUAUAUAUUUUAUAAACUGUUUAGUCACAUAUAUAAUAAGAAGAAUAAGAAGAGAGAAAGAUUUGUGAAUAUACAUGGGAGGACUUUUCCAAAUUUUUUUUGUGAUAAUAAGAUAAAGAGUACUAAAUAUACCAUAUUAACAUUUAUACCAUUAUUUUUAUUUUAUCAGUUUGCUGACUUUUUAAAUUUAUUUUAUUUAUGUGUAUCUUUGUUACAAAUAAUUCCUAUAUUUAACACAGGUUAUGUAUUUACUUUUGUAGCUCCAUUAUUAUUUAUUAUCUUUAUUAGUUUAAUAAAUGAAGUAGUAGAUGAUUUAAAAAGAUUUAUCAAAGAUUUAGAAAAUAAUAACGAAAUAUAUUAUUCACUUUUAGAAAAUGGUAAUUUCCAAAAAAUAUAUUCGAAGGAUAUAAGAGUAGGAGAUAUAAUUUUGAUUAAAUCAAAACAAAGAGUACCAGCUGAUUGUAUUUUAUUAAGAAACUUAAAUAAGAACGAAGAAUCUAAUUUUAAGGUUGAAGAAAAAAGACUUUUUAACUGUUUCAGAUGGAAUAAAAGCAAUAAUGUUUAUAAUAAAAUAAAUAAAAGUUAUUAUCAUUUUAAUAAAAAUAUUGAUAAUGAAUUAAUUGAUGAUAGAUAUAACGAAUCAAAUAAUAAUUGUAGUGAAACAAGUAAUAACUUAUUAUUUAGUGAAAAUGAAAAAUCACAAAAAAAAGGAAAAAAAAAACAAAAGAAAAAAUUAAUGUUAGGUGAUAACAAUACGAAUAUGAAUGAUUUUAAUUUUAAUCCUAAUGAUCAAAAUAAUAAUAUGAGUAACCAACUAAAAAAAAAGAAAAAAAGAAAAAAGAAAAAUAAUAAAAGUAAAAAAAAUAUAAAUAUAAAUGAAACAACUAAUGAAACGGCAAAUUAUACAUAUGUCAAAACAGAUAAAAUUGAUGGAGAAACUGAUUGGAAAAUUAAAUAUCCAAUUAAUAUAUUCCAGAAUUUAAAAAGAUUAAAGGAUUUUUUUACAAUUGAUAUCCUAUUUAUAUUAGAACAACCAAAAAAUGAUAUUUAUAAAAUUGAAGGAUCCUUUGUUAUUUUUAAGUAUAAUCCAUAUGGAGAUUUUAAAACGACUGAAAAUAAUAAUCACAGUUUGAAUGAUAACCAACUUUUAAAUUAUUCUUUUGAUAUGGCAAAAGAGGAUGAAGGUAGGGUUCAAGAUGACGAAGAUGUCGACGAAGAUGAUUAUGAUGAUGACGAUGAUGAAGACGAUGAUGAUGAUGAUGAAGAUGAUGAUGAAGACGAUGAUGAGGAAGAUGAUGAUGAAGAAGAUGAAGAAGUGAAUAUUCCGAAUAAUGAAAAAAAUGAUACACAAAAUUUAGACGAUAAAAAAUCUGUAAGAAGGAUUUUUGGUACAAAAAAUAAUACCUAUUCAUAUGGAGAUGAUGACCAAGUACAAAAUGAAAAAAAAAAAAAUUUAGAUAGAGGAUAUCUUAAUUUAGAAGAAAAAGAUACCGAUUAUGCAUAUAACAAAAAAGACAAGAAAAAAGAAAUGGUAACAUUUAUUGAUGUGGAAAAAGGUAAUAAUGAACGAACUAUAAAUCUUAAUAAAAAAAAGAAUAGUGUUAAUACUACUGGUAAUAGAAGUUCAUAUGUAAAUGAUGGGAAAAUGUGUAAUGUAUUUAAUAAUGAAGAUAAUUUUAACUUUUACAAUGUUAAUUAUAGAAAAAAAUUGAAUUAUGAUAAUUUUAUAUUAUUUAAUUCAGUAAUAACAAGUUCAGAUGUAAUUUGUUUAGUUAUAUAUACAGGAAGUGACACAAGAGUAAAUAUGAGUACACAAAUUAGUAAAAUAAAAAGAGGAAUGAUUGAUGAAAAAUUAAAUUUAAUAACAUUAUUUUUAUUUAUUAUAUUGACACUUUUCUCUAUAUAUAUGUGUUCUGUUAAAUUAAAUAAUUUAUGGUAUCUAAAUUUCAUACGUUUUAUGUUAUUAUUUUCCUCUGUUAUACCAAUAUCAUUAAGUGUUAAUCUAAAUAUAGCAAAAAUUUAUUAUACCCUACUUAUACAAAGAGAUAAAGAAGUAGAAUCAACUAUAAUUAAAAAUAGUGGAAUUAUUGAAAACUUUGGAGAUAUUGAUUAUAUCUUUACGGAUAAAACAGGAACACUAACAGAAAAUGUCAUGGUGCUUAAAGUUAUACAUAUAGGUUUUGAUGUUAUACAUGCAGAAAAUGAAAAAAAUUCCAUACAAGGUAAUAAUAUGGAAACCAAACAAAAAGGGAAUUAUAAUAAAAAGAUGUUAUCAUAUAAUUUGGAUGAUAUGAAUGAAGAUGUUGAUGAUACAUCUAUAUAUUUAGCUUCAUCGAAUUAUUCCAAACAUGAUAGAAGAAAUAAAAAUUUAAGAAAUGGAGAAUUAGCAUCAUUUUCAUACGAAAUGGAAAAUACUAGUAAUAUAAAUAAUAAUACAAAAUUACGUAAUUACACAAAAUCAAAUCAUCAUCAUAAUAAUAUUAGUGAUAACGAAUUAUAUGAUGAGAAAAAUUAUAAUGAUGAUCAACGUUCUUUGUCUAAUUAUUCAGAUACAAGUUAUGGAGAUGUACAUUUAAAAAAUUAUAAACAAAAUAAUAUGAUAUUAAAUCAAAAUAUGGGUCAAAAUAGAAAUGAAACAUUAACCAAAAAUAAUAAUAAUAAUAAUAACAAUAAUAACAACAACAACAAUAAUAAUAAUAAUAUGUCUUUAGAAAAGAAAAAAAAAAAAGUAGAAAAGAUGGUUGAUGAAUUUUUAAAAUAUAAAUCUGAUCCAUUAGAUUAUUAUAAUGAUAAUAUUGAUGAUAUUGAAUAUUUAAAAAGACAUCGUGUUUUUCAAACAUUCUUAUCAUUUCUUAUAUGUAAUAAUAUUAGAACCUUAACAAAAGAAAGUAGUAACAAAGAAAAAGAAAAAACUAAAAAAAAGAAAGAACGAAAAGAAAAGGAUUUCCAGAAAAACCUAUAUUAUAUAUUAAAAGUAAAUAGAAAAAAAAAAGAUGUGCAGAAAAAUAAAAAAGAAAAUAAUUCAGACAAUGUCAAAUCAAGUACACAAAAUAAAAAAAAAAAACAUUUCUCAUCUAAUAGUUCAGAAGAUUCUGAGACGUUUUCACAUUCGGAUGUUAGCUAUCAAUGUUCUUCUCCUGACGAAUUAGCUUUCUUAAAAUAUGCAACUAAUUGUGGUUUUAUAUUGAAAAAGAAAACUGCUAGUAAAAUAGAAAUCAAAUAUAAAAAUAUCAUGUUAGAAUAUGAUAUAUUAUUACAUAUACCAUUUUCAUCAGAAACUAAAAGAAUGAGUAUCUUUGUUAGAAAUGUCAAAAAUAGAAAUAUCUAUUUUUUCAUUAAAGGAGCAGAUAAUGUAUUAAUUAAAAAGUGCCAUGAAAAAUAUAAAACGUUUAUAUAUGAAGAAAGUGACCAUUUGUCAAAUAUAGGACUUAGAGUUUUAGUUCAUGGUUGUUUAAAUGUUGAGGAACAAUUUUUCCACAAUUUCUCGGCUCUGUAUAAUAAGAAUAAGGACGUCAAGGGUCAGUUGGAGAAUAUUCUUGAAUAUGUGGAAAAGAACAUUAAAGUUUUGGCAAUAACAGGAGUUGAAGAUAAAUUGCAGGAGGGAGUUGGAAAAACUAUUGAAAUGCUUUAUAAUAGUGGAAUAAAGGUUUGGGUACUAACAGGAGAUAAAAUUGAAACAGCCAUAUGUAUAUGUAAGAAUGCGAACAUUAAGAAGAAGAAGCACAAUAUAUAUAUAUUCAGACAUGAAAAUAUUAAGAGUACUUCAAAUUUAAUUAGGGAAUUUAAUUCUAUUUUACAUAAUAUAGAAUCAUACGUGUUAUUCUUUGAUAAUAUUAUUAUACAAAAUUGUAUUAAGUAUAUACCUAAUGCUUUUGUGGACUUUGCAGCCAAUGCACGUGCAGUGGUUUGUUGUCGAUGUAGUCCCAUUGAAAAGAAAGAAAUCGCAAUUUUGAUCAAAACAAUAAAAAAGAAAAAAAUCUUGUGUAUUGGAGAUGGUGGUAAUGAUGUUGCUAUGAUACAGUCAGCAGAUAUCGGUAUUGGUGUUUUAGGAAAAGAAGGAAAACAGGUUGUUCACGAUAGUGAUAUUAUUGUUUCCAAGUUUAAAAAUAUCAAAAAAUUAAUUCUUUAUUAUGGAAAUAAUACCUUCUUACAGACUUCUUCUUUAUGUUCCUUUUUAAUUCAUAGAGGAUUUAUAUUAACAUACCUGCAGUUUAUUUACAGUUAUAUAUUUUUCAGUAUACCUGUGUCCAUUUUUCAGGGGUGGUUACAAAUCGGAUAUACCACUUAUUAUACGACUGCACCAUUUUUAUCACUAUUGUUGGAUAUAAAGAUAAAGAAAAAUCUGAUAUAUUUAUACCCAGAAAUAUAUAAGAACAAGAAACAUAAGAGGAAGCUCGAUUUAAAGUCUUUCUUUAUAAUUGUGUGGAUAUCAAUUUUUCAAGGAACCGUUGUUAUGCUAGGGGCGUUAAAAUUGUUUAAUGAUAAUUACAACAAUUUGAUAAAUAUAUCUUUUUCUUCUUUAAUAGUAUUAGAAAUUAUGAACAUACAUUUAGAAGUCGAGUCAUGGCAUCCGUUAAUGAUUUCAGCAAAUAUUUGUUCUUUUAUUGUGUAUAUAUUCUCCAUGUUUAUAUUGAGAAACUACUUUGAUAUUAUGCAAAUUAUGUCUGUCAUGUUUUGGUAUAAAGUCAUUUUGAUAGUUAUCUUUGCUUGGUUACCAUUCUUUAUAAUUAAAAAAGUUAAAAAUAUUAUUACCCCAUCACAGUUUUUCAAGCUUGCUUAA